AUGGGACGCAGACACACUCUCCCCGCCAGCGAGUUUCGGUCCCUCAGCCCCGAAGACGCGAUCAGCGUGUUCGAGAUAGAGAGAGAAGCUUUCAUCUCAGUCUCUGGUGAGUGUCCUCUUCACCUGGACGAGGUGCGUCACUUCCUCACACUCUGUCCUGAGUUGUCUCUUGGCUGGUUUGAAGAAGGACGUCUGGUGGCUUUUAUCAUCGGUUCACUGUGGGACCAAGAGCGGCUUAACGAGGAUGCGUUGACCCUCCACAAGCCUCAUGGGAACUUUGUUCAUAUCCAUGUACUCGCUGUACACAGGACAUUCCGCCAACAGGGGAAAGGCUCCAUCCUGAUGUGGAGAUACCUGCAAUACCUCCGCUGUUUGCCACACGUGCAUCGUGCAGUGCUCAUGUGUGAGGAUUUCCUGGUUCCUUUCUACCAGAAAUCUGGAUUUAAGGUGCAGGGUCCCUGUGCGAUCACAGUAGGACCCCUCACUUUCAUGGAGAUGUUUUAUCUUGUCCAAGGUCAUGCCUUCAUGCGCAGAAACAGUGGAUGCUAA